AUGCCCAUCAAGCCCCUCUCGUUCAAGGGCGACAAGAAGAAGCCCAAAAAGCGCAAGCACCGUCCCGAUGAAGAGGAAGAAGAAGAUGGCCAACAACCCACGACAGUCGACCCCUCCGACGACGACUCCUGGACCACGCCCGACGCGCCCAGCGACCUCGCCGGCCCCGUCAUCCUCGUCCUCCCCACCGUGCCCCCCACGGCCCUCGCGGCCGACGCGCACGGCAACGUCUUUGCGUCGCCGCUCGAAAACAUAGUCGAGGGCGUGGCGGAAACGGCCGAACCUCAUGACGUGCGACAGGUCUGGGUCGCGAGUUCCGUGGCGGGCCUGGGCAAGGGCGAAAUGAGCUUCAAGGGGAGUCACGGAGGCUAUCUGAGUUGUGACUCCGUGGGCGUGCUGGGCGCGAAGAGGGAGGCCAGGGGCGUCGAGGAGGGGUUCAUCGUGGAGACGGUGGACGAUGCGGCAGAUGGGAGGACGAGGUGGCGGCUCCGAACGGCGGCGUCGAAGCGGGAAGAUGGCGACAAGGGAAGACGAUAUCUUUGCGCGGUCACAGAGACGAAGCCUACAAACACAAAAUCAGUCAACAUUUCACUGCGCGGGGACGGUGAGGCAUCAUCAGAUUCCACCUAUCUCAUUGUGAAGAUGCAGGCCCGGUUCAAGCCACGAAUACAGCAGAACAAAGAGACAAAAGCAAAGGAAAAGGUCAGUCGGAGGGAGCUCGAACAAGCGGUUGGACGAAAACUAGAGGAUGAUGAAGUGAAACGCCUGAAGAGAGCGAAGAAGGAAGGAAAUUUCUACGAAGAGGUCCUGGACGUUAGAGUGAAAGGAAAGCAUGACAAGUUCGCCAGCUAA